AUGAGUCUUGUGGCUGAAGAUAUGUUCCACUGGCAAGCCACAAUUAUGGAGCCUACUGACAACCCAUAUUCCGGAGGUGUAUUUUUAGUUUCCAUUCAUUUCCCUCCAGAUUAUCCUUUUAAGCCACCGAAGACCAGAAAGACUAACGUAAUUGGGACUCUAAACAUGCAAGGGCUUGCCAAAAGAGUAGGAGCAAGGAUUUUGCUGACAUCAACAUCAGAGGUUUAUGGUGACCCUCUUGGGCAUCCUCAGGAAGAAACCUACUCGGGAAAUGUGUUAGGAGCUGUUAUGAUGAUUGAUGAGGGAAAAAGAAUUGCUGAGACUUUGAUGUUUGACUAUCAUAGGCAGCAUGGAAUAGCCAAGCAAAAGCAUGAAAAGAUUAUCAAGAUUUUGGCUUUGCUUAAAAUUCUCGAUGUGCGUAUGUGGGUGUUGUAA